GAAUGGGAGCUGGGUGGCAUCGCGCCGGCGCAGCACCCAGGCCCGGGUCAUUUUUUUCACACGCGCGGAGAUGGGGGAGGAUCCGAGUCCCAUUGGGAGCUGCUGGGGUGCCUCCUCCAGUCCUCUUCCUCGAGCGCCUGCGGCUCUGAGCGCGGCCGCUACCUCUCGCAGUGAGUCUCGCCUGCACCUCCGUCCCCAGCCCACUGUGCCUCUGAGGUUCUGAUUGCCCCGGCUCGGGCUGGCAAGCCGCAGCGAUGCUGAGCGCUGUGCUGGGAAGAAGGAGUUUCUCCUGUGUCAGGCGCAGGGGGAGUCUGUGCCCCAUUCUUCCUAACAGCAGUAGCUGUCCUGCCUCUCCCCUCUGCCCCAGACCUCUGAGACUCCUCUCCUCACCUAGCAGCAGCAGAGGGGCGCAGGGAAGCUAUCUCCAGCCAGAUGCUAAUAAUGUGAAACCACUGGAAGGUGUGAAAAUUCUUGAUCUAACAAGGGUACUUGCAGGACCCUUCGCAACAAUGAAUUUAGGAGACCUAGGAGCAGAAAUUAUUAAAGUGGAAAAACCAGGCGUUGGUGAUGAUACAAGAACCUGGGGACCACCUUUUGUUGGAACAGAAAGUGUUUAUUUUCUCAGUGUAAAUCGAAAUAAAAAGAGUAUAGCUGUCAAUAUGAAAAAUCCAAAAGGAGCAAAGAUAAUCAGAGAGCUUGCAGCUGUGUCUGAUGUUUUUGUGGAAAACUAUGUCCCUGGGAAACUGGCUGAAAUGGGCCUGGGGUAUGAAGACAUUAGCAAGAUUGCUCCUCACAUCGUGUACUGUUCAAUAACAGGUUAUGGUCAGACUGGUCCAGCGUUUCAGCGAGCAGGUUAUGACUCUGUUGCAGCAGCUGUUUCUGGUCUUAUGCAUAUCACAGGGCCGGAGGCUGGUGAUCCAGUUAGACCAGGAGUUGCCAUGACAGACCUUGCCACAGGGCUGUACACGUAUGGAGCAAUCAUGGCUGGCCUGAUUCGAAGAUACAAGACUGGGAAGGGACUGCACGUUGACUGCAAUCUAUUGUCAUCUCAGGUUGCGUGUCUUACCCAUAUAGCAGCUAAUUAUCUUAAUUGCAAAAUAGAAGGAAAGCGGUGGGGUACUGCUCAUGGCAGUAUUGUUCCUUAUCAGGCUUUCAAAACUAAGGAUGGCUACCUGGUGGUGGGAGCUGGGAAUGAUCAGCAAUUUGUCACCGUGUGUAAGAUCCUGAAUUUGCUUGAAGUUAGUAAAGAUCCUAGAUAUAAGACUAACAAACUCCGAGUGCAGAACAGGAAACAGCUUAUUGAAAUAUUAUCAGCCCGAUUUUCAGAAGAAAUGACCACCAAAUGGCUCGAACUCUUUGAAGGUAGUGGUGUUCCAUAUGGUCCAAUCAACAGUAUGCAGCAAGUGUUCUCAGAUCCUCAGGUGCUGCACAAUGGACUUAUCAUGGAAAUGGAUCAUCCGACAGUAGGGAAGAUAGCUGUUCCAGGACCAGCUGUCAGAUACAGUGAAUUCAGUGCAUCAAAGCCCAAGCCUCCUCCUCUUGUUGGACAGCACACAGUGGAGGUACUGAAGGAUGCAUUGGGGUAUGAGGACAGUGCCAUUGAGGAAGUGCUCAGGACUGGUGCAGCUGUUCAACAUGAAGUCAAGUGAAGAGCUUUUAACUUUAGGCUGUCAUGCUGAAUUCACGUUACUUGUUUUCCUCUUGGAUCUCUUCAGGUCUCCCAAGGAAAUUCAAAGGAGGAGACUAAUUUAAUUCUUAAUAAUCUUCCUUGCAUUUGAAAUUAAUCUAACACUGACAUACCAACUAAAGCAAUGCAGUAUUUACUGCAUGAAAACAAUGUUUAGGGGAUAAGUGUUCUGAUUACAGAAUCCUGUGUGGCUAAUCAUUUCUUAUAUUUUUGUCUGGGGAGUGUAAUUCUUAUCUUAAUCAUGUUAAUUGCCCAAAUGUUUGUCCCCUGGAAGACAGAGUCUUUGAAGAGAAGCAGAUCCUUGAAACACUUGCGGGCUGUGAUCUCCAUUUGCACAUAAGUGACUUUUUCAAACAGUUUAGUAUGAAAUCAGAGUUGUGAGCAAAUUGAUGGCCGCCGUGAUUGAUUUUAAACAGAAUUCUGAGCACAUGAGCACUUUGUUAAUCUCUAAUUUAAACCAUCGUUGAAGUGCCUAUUGUAAAACUGACUUCUAUUCCCAUGUUUAGUUGUGUAAAUAUUUGCUUUACAUUACAUUGGAUUGCUAUGGCAAUCCUGGAGUGUGUAGCAAAAAUAAACCUUCACUGUUGCAUUUUUUCCAGUUACGUAAAGAGCAUUUUCCAAGCACAGUUGAGAGUCAAAACAUGAAUGAAUGAUACUGGUCUUUUGUGAUUUUAUUCGGAAAAGGCUCUUGUUAUUUUUCACUGGACAUGGAUCCAAACCAGAGCCACGCAACUGAACACCAUGUGCCAAAGUUUGGAGUUUGGGUAUGGCUCUGCGUGCUCAGGACUGGUACAUAUCUCUUUAAUUUCUCCUACCUCAAUUCCAUUUUACUAGAGAGAAAAUUCAGAUCUUAAUCCAAAUUUUUGGCUUGGGCUGUGAUUUUAAAAGGACCAGAUUCUACCAGCCUUGGUCAAAUUCAGUGCAGUAGAUCUACCCAUGAAGUAACUAUUAAGAGUGAUAGACACUGGCCCAUAAUGAAUACCAACCAAGAGAUUUAAAUUAACACCAUUUCUUCUAUGCAAACUAAUCUGGCAGCUCUUCAGCCACAGAAGAAAUGCGGUGCCUCAAUAUCCAAUAUAAUUUACAGCUAAAGUAAACUCUGCAUGAGGAGGUUCUAAACUUUGUUAUGUGUAUCAGUGCAGCGAGGCAAGAUCCUUUUAUUCCUAGAACUAAAUAAAACUAACUCAAACUGACAUUCAGCAAACAAUGUCCAUAUUUUUCCCGAUGUAUCGGAAACAGGCCUGGCAUUAUAACUAGCCUGCCACUUUGUUUCCACUUUAAGAAACAACAUCCCCUUAGUACAUUUGAAUUUCACAACUGUAUAUUACUUUCUGGGAACAACAAAAAAAAGUUAUUACGUAACCAAGUUGAAAUGCAAGCAUAUUGCAGUGGCUCCUUUUUGAAGCUUUGUGUUUUUUGUUUAUUUGCUUGCUUGUUUUUGGUGUUUUGUUGUAUUCACUCUUUUCAGAUAGUCUCCUAGUAUUUUUUUCUUAUUUUGCAUUCCUGGCACCACACCUAACACUCUGCUCAUGUGCUAAAGUCAUAUGGAGAUUCUGGACUAGUGACCUGCUAAAUAAAUAAAUAUAGAAAUAGGUGUUCACUGAGAACCAAAAGAACAGAAUAGACCAUAUGGAAAGAACUAGGAUUUGGGAGAAGGGCUGCUAGGCAUUACCCUAUAAUCCACCUUUCAUCCAAGAGGAUCAGAUGGUCUACAGAGAAAAAUAGUGAUUUGAAGUGAGAUUCAGAUUAUAGUGGGUAAUCUAGUGCUAAAUUAAUUUUUGUUUAUUACUGCAAACUAUUUUACAUUAUCAAAUCAUGUUCAUAAAUAAAUGUGUUGUUUCUA